AUGCAGGACGGGAAGGUUUUGUCUGAGAACGUCCGGCGGCUGCGUUUUAUGUCUGCACAGCAGACCAGCCGCCCAGCAGCAGCAGCAGCAGCAGCAGCAGCAGCAGCAGCAACAGGAAGGCGGCAAGGGUGGUUUGCCCCAGGGUGGGAACAGGCUGAGAAGAUAUACGAGCAGCAGCAGCAGCAGCAGCAGCAACAGCAGCAAGCAACAGAUACGCCCCCCAUAUACGACUUCCUGCUCUUCAGGCGAUCUUUUGGCGGCGCAAACCCUUUUAUAGAGUCUCUGAAUAAGAAGCAAAUAAAAAAAGCAGCAGCAGCAGCAGCAAACAGAGAAGAGAGAGACCAAGCCCUCAUCUUGCAGCGCAAUAGAGAGGCCCGGCAGUUUCCUAGGGCUUAG